UUUUUAGGCAUAGGUUAAAAUCGUCGGAACCUGAGUUUCCAAGCCACGCGACCCCCAGCCGACAUAACGAUUCGAGUUCCCAGCAGUCAUGUGCCUCCCCGUCCCAUACACCAAGGAACGGGACUGGUCGGACGACUCGGAGCAGUCCGUCGACAGCGAUGAUGAGUACCCCGGGCCCGAGGACUCCGAACGGUUCAAGGUGGACUGGUCCAUCGACGUCGGCAAUGAGAGCGAGGACUUCGACAGGUAUGGCGGAAAUGGCUUCUGCUUGAUCCGGCUCGGCGACUGCAUCGCUGAUCGUUUCACGAUUCUACACAAACUCGGCCAUGGUGGGUUCGGGACUGUGUGGCUUGUUCGCGAUGCCGAGGAACGCCAUGGCCGUUACGUCGCGCUGAAAGUCGUGUCGCAUUUGCAUUCCGAAAACUACGAGGUACAAGAAGUUCUCGACCGACUGAAGAAACACGAGGGCGACCAUGGCCACCCGGGGGUGUUCCUGAUCGAGCUCGAACGCCUAUUCCACAGGAGCAGCGGCCGCCGUCACUUGUGCCAAGUCUUUCCGGUACUGGGGCCGCCUCUCUCUUCAUUGAAUUUGGGCAAUACCGCGCUGCUAUACCCAAUGUUUGUUCGAUAUUUUGCCCGGCAACUUGCCAGCGGCCUCGCCACUAUGCACUCCUUGGGUGUUUGUCACGGAGACCUCACCAUGUCUAAUCUCUCCAUCCGGCUCCGCAAGUCGUUCGACCAUUUGACGGAGCAACAACUACUUGCAGAUGACAUGUUCGGUAAACCGCGCGUGAGACCACUCGACCGCCGCUUUGGGUCGCCCUAUGUGGUCGCCGCCGCCGAUCUCACCCGCCUGCCGGUGGAGUAUUACUCGACCAAAAUCAGCAUCCUGGACUUUGACCAGGCAUUCCUGACCAGCAACCCUCCUCGGAAGGUCGCCGGCAUCCCGGCGUCUUACCUCGCGCCAGAAUCCAUCUUCGCCCUCACCAACAGCCCUGCGGCGGACGUUUGGGCUUUGGGGUGCAUUUUAUUCAACCUGAGAGAUCCAUUCCCGCUUUUCUCAGACAUGCUUGGCAGUGAUCCCGAGGCAAAGGCGCGGAGGAUGCAAUCAGCCUUGGGCCCCUUGCCGAAAGAGUGGAUGUCAAUCCAGUUCCUUGACGGGUGGCCCGUUCAUCCGGAGCUGGAACCUGAUCUUCUGGACGAAUCCAAGCCUAUCGAACUUCUGGACAAUCCUCACUUAUUCCCUCCUCUCGAAAAGUGCGUGGACCAUUUUCGUGAGCCACGUCGCCUGGCUGGCGGGAUGCACCCGAAGACUGGGCGCGAGCUCUUUUGUUUGCAUUUUCCGUGCUUUACCGUGGAGGAACGUGCAGAAAAAGAGAGGUUUGAAACCGAAAAUACACCACUGAUCGAGAAGGCGGACGCAAAGCUUUUCUCCAACCUUCUCCGGGAAAUCUUUAAUUACGACCACAAAAGUCGGGUUACUGCAGGCCAGCUCCCAGAACACCCAUGGAUGCAGGAAACAGACGAAGAGCUUAGUGCUUUCGAAACGUUGCUGAUGGCGACCGAUAAUGCAAACGUCCCGCCCCGAGCUGACCAUGACCGAGUACGGGACUUGGGCAAUACGGCGGGCGGUUCGGAGAAUCAAAGCCCAAGCUCCGGACCCUGUGUGGACGAACCCGGUCCCGAGGAGUGCUGUCGAGAGGAAAAAAGCCCGGGUUCUGCAUGGGAAGGAGGCGUGACGGAGGAAGCUGCAUGUAAGGAGGAUGAGGCAGCGAAAGGGGAGGAGGGGGGGGACAAGCGACUGAACUGAAUUAGCUGCCCUAGCCUAGUAGAUGCCUGCCGCUAGGUACCUAUCUGAGGUACUCAGGGUGGAGGUUCCCAAGCGAGGAUAUCCACCUUCCGGCACCAGGCUCUGUAUCUCGGGC